CAGCCGGGCGGCGUCCUGCCCGUGUCGUCCAGCUCCAAGCUCGAGAACAUCCGCGCCGGCAAGAAGAUCGUCACGCGCGAAGGACGCAUGGAGCCCGUGCCGCCGCGCGCGCUCGAGACGAGCGAGAUCCCGGGCAUCGUGGCGGACUACCGCUCGGCCGCGGAGAACGCCAUCAGCGCGGGCUUCGACGGCGUCGAGCUGCACGCCGCCAACGGCUACUUGCUGGAGCAGUUCCUGCACGACGGCAUCAACGACCGCGCCGACCAGUACGGCGGCAACAUCGAGAACCGCGCGCGCUUCCUGUUCGAGGCACUGGAGGCCAUCCUCGAGAGUCUGGACUCGUCCAAGGUGGGCAUCCGACUGUCCCCGUUCGGCGGCAGCUUCGGCGACAAGGACUCGGACCCCAUCGCCACGUACACGUACGUGCUGAACAGGCUCAACAACUACGACCUGGCCUACGCGCACCUGAUCGAGCCGCGUGGCUACCACGUGCGUGACCCGCUGGCACCCGAGAAGGGCUCGGCGCGGCAGUUCCGCGAGACGUACAAGGGCGUGCUCCUCGCCGCGUCGGGCUUCGACCGGCAGUCGGCCGUGCAGAUCGUGGAGGAGGGCGCGGCCGACGCCGUGGCCAUCGGCCGCCACUUCAUCUCGAACCCGGACCUGGUGCGGCGCUUCCAACUCAACAAGCCCGUGAACGACUACGACACGGACACGUUCUACCUCGGCGACGCGCGCGGGUACAUGGACUAUAAUACCCGUUCCUGCAGGACGAGUAGGUAG